AAAAUGGUGCAGCUUAAGUUCCUGUGUCUCUUCCUUGCCAUCAUGACGAUUGCCGUUCUGGACUCCAACAUGGCUGAGGCAAACGAUUGCCUGUCUGGAAAGUUUUCAGGACCCUGUUGGGCUUGGAGCGGAGAAGAGUGCCGACGCCUUUGCAAGGAAGAAGGACGUGUCAGUGGACAUUGCAGUGCCAGCAUGAAAUGUUGGUGCGAAGGAUGCUGA